AUGCUCUCCCCCGGACGGUUCAUCUCUGUCAAACCGUACGUCGAACCCCACCCUGAGUUUACCAAGGCCAAGGCGAAUGGGGGCCCCGUGCUUUCCCUACGCCGGGUUCCGGCCCGCUUCGAAGAAUCUAACCUGCUUGAAUACCUGGUGCCCAACUGGCUGGCGGGAAUCGACUCCUUCCACCGCAUGCAAGACCCCUACGAUGGGGUCUUCCUCCCCAUACUUACCGGCAUCCCUAUUCCGCUACUGGCGGACCCGGAUUUCCGCACCAUCGGAGCCCUGAUCCCCGUCGGCGGUAACGACCCGGACAUACUCGUCAACGUCUCCACCCAUGUCUGCUCCAUCU